CAAGGGUUCUCGGAAAUGGGCGUCAUAUCGUCUGGGCUCGAGUGCUUGCCAGUGGAAAGUGGAAACGAUACCGUUAUCGUGUUGCCAUGCGACGGGUCUCCUCACAUACAAAGGACUUGCGGCACCGACGAUUCUGAAGUGGACGAGCAUCAGGCACGAAACAGAUGCGCGGACGCUCGCUUCUGCACAGCCACAACGGUAGCGUCACCUCAAGACAACCGCCCCGUCAUGUACGAAGAGAGGUCAUCAGAAUGGGAACACAUACGGAAAGAGAUGCACCAAGCCAUAGACGAGAGAGAUUGUAUUCGAGUGCAACACUGCCUGCAAAGUGCCCCUCGCCUUGAGCUAUGGUUACACCCUAGCAACACAGAAUCAACACUGCACCGAGCAGUUCGGAAUGACCCGUUCUUCAUCUAUAGACUGCUACUAUCACACAACUGUCAAUUCAUGAAAGAAACAGACAGGCGAUGCUUUCGUGAUCUAAACCGCAUUCAAAAGCCCGAACUGCAACGACAUUACUUUCUGGCAAGAUUUCAAAACUCCUUAUCACAAAGUCUGUCCAAGCAUGAAGACUUUGGAACAAGGGUAGCUCGCUUGCUCCAAGAAUUUAACCACGUCGAAUUACUUGCGGAUAUUUCGAAAGCAGUUUCUACAUCGCAGCAUCUUAAGAUCCGGUGCGAUUUUGAGAGAGAGGACGUUCAGUCUAUGGUGGGCAGCAGAGGAAGAUACAGCCCAGGGAACACGGACCGUAAUAAGGAAGAAUUUUUUAUCGCAGCAGAAGCUCUGCGUAAGGGUUCAGCAAGUCAGCCUGCUGACGCAGAAGUAGCGGGCACCAUAAUUCACGGAAUGUGUCACCUUGCUCAUCACUUGGUUUACAGAAAUGGCGGAAAACAUUACUUUAGCCAGACUUGUACAUAUCUCCAGUACUCUAUUUUGAAUAUACCUUUAUUUCUUUUUGUGUCUGCUCUGUACUUUUUGGGAAGUCUGUUUUUGCUCUAG